CGCAUAAAUUUUGCCCAUAUCAUGGUGUUGAUUAUGAACGGUUAAGAUUAAGUGGCACAGGAUAAAUCUAGUGAACCGCCGCACAUGAUGGUAGCAUCCCAGCAAUGAACUUUUAGAACGUUCAGAAAUCAGAUUUAUACAGACAGCAGAGUUCUCGACAAUUAGGGUUUUCAAUUUCAGCUGAAUUCGAAAUGAAACCAAAUCAUCCUCUUCUCGAUCUGAUCUAACUUUUCUUUAAUUUUGAUUUAGCUUUUGGAUGAUGGAAAUGGAGUAUGUACGAGAAAUCCCGCAUAAUAGUCAAGUAGAUCGUCGACCUAGAAAAAGGCCUAGAAUUUCAACUUGGGACACUCCACAAUCUUCCAAGGCUCAGUCAGGAUUAUAUAGUGGCCAAGAGGUUGGAAAUUUCUCAAGCUUUGGACCAUCACGGAUACAUUUGGAGCAUCCUAGUCAUUUUGUGAAGGGAUUGGUUCAUAAAGGCUCUCCUCCAUGGCGUGAUGAUGACAAAGAUGGGCAUUACAUUUUUGAGCUUGGAGAAAAUUUAACGCCUCGCUACAAGAUUCUUAGAAAGAUUGGAGAAGGAACCUUCGGGCAGGUUUUAGAGUGCUGGGACAGGGAACUGAGAGAGGUAGUUGCCAUAAAGAUAAUCCGAAGUAUCAAAAAAUAUCGUGAUGCCGCAAUGAUAGAAAUUGAUGUACUUGAGGAGCUUGGGAGACACAACAGACAUGGAAAUGGUUGUGUUCAAAUACAAAACUGGUUUGACUAUCGUAACCAUAUUUGUAUUGUGUUUGAGAUGCUUGGGCCAAGCUUGUUUGAUUUUCUUCGGAAAAACAAUUAUCGAUCAUUUCCAGUUGAUUUGGUUCGUGAGAUUGGGCGGCAACUCUUGGAAUGUGUAGCAUUCAUGCAUGAUUUGCGCCUUGUCCACACUGAUUUGAAGCCAGAAAAUAUACUUUUAAUUUCUUCUGAAUAUGUGAAAAUACCAGACAAUAAGGGUACAUUGAGAGAGGGAAAGAGGUUACCAAAGUCGUGUGCAAUAAAGGUUAUUGAUUUUGGAAGCACAGCUCAUGGCACUCAACCACAUAACUAUAUUGUAUCAACGAGACACUACCGGGCUCCGGAAGUUAUCCUUGGGCUUGGAUGGAGUUACCCAUGUGAUUUAUGGAGUGUUGGUUGUAUCUUGGCAGAAUUGUGCUCAGGAGAGGCGUUGUUCCAAACCCAUGAAAAUUUGGAGCAUUUGGCAAUGAUGGAGAGGGUUUUGGGCCCCUUACCUGACCACAUGCUAAGAAGAGCUGAUCGACAUGCUGAGAAAUACAUCAGACGAGGAAGGUUGAACUGGCCUGAAGGUGCUACUUCCCGGGAAAGCAUUAAAGCUGUUCUGAAACUCGCCCGUCUUCAGAACUUAGUGAUGCAACAUGUCGAUCAUUCUGCUGGAGAUCUAAUAGACCUUUUACAAGGACUCCUUCAUUAUGACCCUUCAUUGAGGAUUACAGCCAGAGAAGCCCUCAGGCAUCCCUUUUUUACAAGAAACCGCUACAGGUUAUGAGAGCCAGUCUUUCAUUGUUGUCUUUUGUAUUAGUCUUUAUGUUUGUUGUAGAAUAGGCAUUUUUAUCAUCUUUUCCCCUUAAAAAAGUGGGAAAACACUAGAUCAAUACCUCUAGCAACAAUUACUCUUCAGUGCGAGUUUGUAAAUAAGAUGUUUUGAGAAAUUCAUCUUGAAGCUCAUUGCGCUGAAUCAUGCAAAGCCAGAUAAGAACCUAAAUUGCUUUUUCAAAAAAAGCCUGAUACCUUUCUUUCAGUCUUAAUGUGUUGCUUU